GCGGCUCUGCCAGCGCGUGUGUGUUUGUGUGUGUGCAUUUGUGUGUGGAAUGCGGGGGCGCCUGGGGAGCAAUGCGGUAACUGAGGCCCGGGAGGGAGCCCAGUCACGAACCAGCACCUAGGAUUGGUUUGUGUGAUUUGAACCCACUUGUAUUUUUUUCAGGCAGGUUCUCACUCUGCCACCUAGGUUGGAGUUCAGUGGCAGGAUCUCGGCUCACUGCAGCCUCCACCUCCUGGGCUCAGGUGAUCCAGCUCAGCCUGAUAGCUAGCAGCACAGGCGUGCACCACUACACCGGGCUAAUUUUUAAAUAUUGUUUUGUGGAGACGGAGUUUCACACGUUCCUCUGGUCUUGAACUCCUGGACUCAUGCGAUCCGCCUGCAUCGUGCUGGGAUUACACGCAUGAACCACCGCGCCUGGACUGAAUCCCCUAUUUAAUGUCAGAAAUUUGAUUCGACUUUACAGAGAAAUCCCUGAGAAACUCCCCAGAACGGGGUCCCUGGAGCCUUUGUUUGGAGCGUACUGUUAAGCUGGCAGGGCUGUUGGAGCCCUCGCAGAACUCCCCUGUGGAGGAUUCGCCCCUUCGGUGACUCAUUGGUUCUGGCCAUUUUCGGACCCUCUGAGCUUUCAGCAGGUGGAGGAAGGCAGAGAGAGAGCUGAUAUUCUUGGUCCAUGCCAGUACGGCUGAAGCCACGAUAGGACUUUCAGUUCCCUUUCUUGGUGGAGGCCAGCGCAGGGGAGAGUGGGUGCUGAUAGGUGCUAGACGCUCGAAGGCUGCUGGGGGCAGGCGGACUCAAGACCUAAGGUUUCCAGAUACGACAGGGGCAGGUAGUGAUGCAGCUGCCGUUCGUGAGUCUGAGGGGGAAGCAGCCUCCGUGCAACCCCUCCUCCUGUAGAGAGUGGUGCCGCUGUCCCCGGGAUGUACAUGCAAGUGGAGACACGCACCAGCGCCCGCCUCCAUCUGAAGAGGGCUCCAGGCAUCCGGUCCUGGUCCCUGCUGGUUGGAAUCUUAUCGAUUGGCCUGGCUGCUGCCUACUACAGUGGAGAUUCCCUGGGCUGGAAGCUCUUCUAUGUCACAGGCUGCCUGUUCGUGGCUGUGCAGAACUUGGAGGACUGGGAGGAAGCUGUCUUUGACAAGAGCACGGGGAAGGUUGUUUUGAAGACGUUCAGCCUCUAUAAGAAGCUGCUGACUCUCUUCAGAGCAGGCCAUGACCAGGUGGUGGUCCUGCUGCAGGAUGUGCGUGAUGUGAGCGUGGAGGAGGAGAAGGUCCGGUACUUUGGGAAGGGCUACGUGGUGGUGCUCCGGCUUGCGACAGGCUUCUCCCACCCCCUCACCCAGAGCGCAGUCAUGGGUCACCGCAGUGAUGUGGAAGCCAUUGCCAAGCUCAUCACCAGCUUCUUGGAGCUGCACUGCCUUGAGAGCCCCAUGGAGAUGUCUCAGAGCAGUGACAGUGAGGCCGGCGACCCUGGGAGCCAGAGCUGACAGCCCCGGUGUGCCUGUGCCUGAGCACCACCCACAGAACCCUCAGCCUUGGCCUCAUUCGGCACCUCCAGCUGAGUCGGCUUCUUGCCUGCUCCUGCUGCUGCUUUCACACUGCGUGAAACAGCAAGCUGGACCUUCUUUGAGGGGCUGGGCAGGGACUCUGUUGGUGUGGGAAGGGGGCUCAGAAGUUAGCGAGUCCUCCGGGAAUCAAGACAGUGGCCUUGGCUUGGGCAGUUCGGGGUGUAAAGACAGUGGGCUGCAUGGCCCAGACUGGACAGCUCCACCCUCGGCCUCUGAAACAAAAAGGACACCCAGGCUUUCUCUAUCGCGAGGCCUGGGCCUGCCUUCCUGCAGCUGGAGGUCAUGCCAGCCCUUGACUCCUGCUGUGGGCCAAAGUGAGACCUCAGAUGAGUAGAGGCUGGGCUGGGCUCCCGUGGGUGCUGGUGCUGUGCGAUGUCUCCGACACAGUGUCCCCUCCCUCGGUGGAUGACCCCAGGGAUCAGGUGCUUCCCCAGGGCCAGCAAGGGCGAACCCCCAGGCCUGCCCGGCUGUGCAUGCUUCAGCCAUACUGUGGAAGCUGCCCCUUCCCAAGGACCCGCCUAUUUUGCUGAUGCCAGGAUCUUGGUGCACAGACUGCUCUAUCCCAGCUGUCGACACAGAAGGGUCUCUCUUCUCCUCACCUCAGCCUCAGGAGAAGCUGCUAGGCCAGAAAACAGGUCAGCUCUUCUAACAUUGUGCAGCGUUUAAAAACCGGGAGCUCCAGCCUGGGUGCAGUGGCUCAUGCCAGUAAUCCCAGCGCUUUGGGAGGCCAAGAGUUCAAGACCAGCAUGGACAACACAGCAAGAUCCAGUCUUUACAAAAAAACAAAAACAAAACAAAACUGGGAGACUUUCUGCAGAAAUUGAGUUCCAGCCUCUCUUGAACCUGGGAAGACCUGGUGGGGGGAGGGGGCUGGACCCCCAUAGGAGCUGAACACCAGCCAUCCUGCCCACCAGUGCUCUUGGUCUCCUGAGGUCCUACUGGUUGCAGUGUGCCUGGCCUGGUGCCAUGGCCUCCGAGCUGGGGACUCCUGAGCCCUGUGAGCUCCUAGGCAGCAGCCCCAGGAGUGGCUGGUUAGGAGCAGGAACGCCUUUGCCCCAGGUCUGGCUGCUGCCUCAGUGAGAGCAGACAGGAAAGGGAUGAGACCCUCCUCAGAAGUGGCUGCCAGCCCCUAGCGGGGCACAUGCUCCCCUGAACAUGCCAAAGUUACGUAGUUUUUUUGUUUUGAUUUUCUUUGAGAUGGAGUUAACGCUCUUAUCUCCCAGUCUGGAGUGCAAUGGUGUGAUCUCAGCUCACUGCAACCUCUACCUAAGUGAUUCUCCUGCCUCAGGCUUUCGAGUAGCUGGGAUUAUAGGCACCUGCCACCACACCUGGCUAAUUUUUAUAUUUUCAGUAGAGACGGGGUUUCACCAUGUUGGCCAGGGUGGUCUCAAACUCCUGAGCUUAGGUGAUCUGUCCGUCUUGGCCUCCCAAAGAGCUUGGAUUAAAGGCAUGAGCCACUGUGCCCAGCCCAAAACUAGGUUUUUAUAUGGUUAAACCUGAGAUGUUUUUUCUUCCUUAAGUGAAGUGUACAAUGCAGUCAUCUGAGGAUUCUGGCUUGUUCACUCCAGGCUGUAGGAAGAUGCUUUAGGUGAGGAAGAGGGAGCCACCCUCGCCAGGUCCCUGACACAGUGCCGUCCCAGCCAGGCAGCUCCCUGACACGGUGCUGUCCUGGCCCUUCCUCCUCACCAGCCCCAGGGCUGUGGUGUGUUCCUGGAUGCAGGAGGGACUGAAAGCAGCUGGAAGCUGGGGGCAGCCUUAAAUAACCCUUCACGUGUAA